AUGCCAUCUAACCAACAAGAAGGACUCUUAAGUUACAAUGGGGAAGUCCUUGUUUUUCAGUUGUGUGACAGAGAGCUUGCCCAUACAGAAGCUGCAAAAACACCCAUAUUACGUGUCAGAAGAAUGAUGUUUGACAAAGGAACAAGAACAUUUGCUCAGAAGUCUACUGGAUUUUUUAGCAUGGAGGAAGAAAAUGCAAAUUUUAAAAUUAUUUUUUGCAGCUGUGUGUCUGACUUCAGGACUGGACUUAACCUCCCUUAUGUUAUGAUACAAAGAAAUAAGGAGAAUGUUCUAAAAUAUUUUCUACUGUUGCUUCACAGUACCAAUGAAUUUGAAAAGCGAUGGAGUUUUAAACCAGGCUGUGAAUUGAAGGAUGACUUAAAGGUCCUUAAUGGCCCUUUAGUUUUAUGGAGACAUGCCCAGACCGUCUUCUGUAUCUCUUCCAAAACUGACACAGUUGUUAGUGUGCCAGUUAACCUUUCUUCUGUCAUGUGGGCAGGGGAGAUUGAAAAUCUGGGUAUUGUUUUAUUGGGAUGCACAAAGAAUACUUCAGACUCAGAUUGUGCUAUUUGGGAUAACAAAUUCUGUGUCUAUUCUCUUGACCGUCAAGAAAUAUUAUCUGAUACAUAUGUUAUCCCUCAUGCUUACAGCAGUGUGGUAACUUGUGUGCAUGUCUGUGCAGCUGAGUUAGUGAAUAACCAGUUAAGAAUGUCUCUGAUUGCCCUUACUCAAAAGAAUCAGCUGAUUUCAUUCCAAAAUGGUGCUCCUGAAAACGUGUGCCAGCUUCCAUCUGGAGAUCCUUGCACAGUUCAACUUAUGGAUUCGAGUGGAGAAGAUUCCCUUGUCAUUGUAUCCUUUAGGUCCAGUGAUGUUUGUGCUGUUUGGAAAAAGAACUUUGAGGUUGCCACUAAGUGGGAAAACAUUACCUCCUUACUGAUUGAUGACUUCAUAGGAACUGGAACUGAGCAAGUGCUGCUACUUUUGAAGAGCCCUUUGAAGUCUAGUUGCCUCUCUUCCUUUAAGAUAACCAAUCUUAUGGACAUAAACUAUUCAAGUGAUAUAUUGGAUGACAAUGAAGAUAUUUUAAUUGAAGACAGUGAAAAGAAUUCUCAGUUGCUGAUUCCAGUUCUGGAAAAAAGAUUGAAAAUUGGUUUGGCUUCUGUUCAGGAUUUAAAGCAGCAUCUCUUGCUUAAGGAAAAAGUGAUUUCAAAAUCCUACCAAGCUUUAGUCAACCUGAUUCAAGGGAGAACUUAUGAGACACCAAGUCCAGAGGAGAGGAGGUCUCUGAAGGAUGUGACUUUAUCACUGUUACUGGAUCAAGCUUGUGACUCCAACUUUCUGCUUAAGUGUCAAAAUAGGGUGAUUAAUUUGAGUAUGGAUUCUCUACUCCCAUCACCUUCUGUACCACAUGAAGGAGGAUUAGAAGCAAAAAGGAUCAAGUUGACCCCUCAUAGUGAAGAAGAAAAAAGUUGUGUUUGUCAACAACCAUCUGAGAAAGGCUGUGUCCAUACAAUUACUGCCGUAACAUCUCUUCCACCUCUUUUAGCACUCAAUAAUUUCUGUUGCAUUGUGCUACUGCAAAUUAGGGAGAGAAAAAAUGGUCACUGUUUUGAAGAUCGUUAUGUUCCUUGUGGCAGACUUUCUGUAAGUCUGGAAGAUAUUUCAAGAGGGAAAUACCUAGUGACAUUUCCAAAGAAUGAAUCUAUAGAACACAUGGAAGACUAUUUUGUACUUCUUGCAACAUUAGACAGAUUUUGUUUUCAAGUCACAUCAUCUGACCAUACCCUGACUUCAAUGAAGACGUGGUUCUUGGAGUAUCUGCAUUGUGAAGUAAUCAGAGAAUUUCCAGAAAUUUGGUUUUGUAAAAGGCCAGGAAUUUUUUAUGGAACACUCUUCAAGUGGAAUCAAAGAACACCAUAUGAAGGAAUUUUACUAGUGUAUUGCAGGAAUCAAAUUGCUUUGUUCCAGUGCCUUCAUUAUCUCAUUAGAGUUCUCCCGAUAAACUGUUUCUUCAAAAAGCUAAAAUUUGGAAGUGAGGAUUUCCUAACUGAUUGUUUGGCAUUAAGUUUGGAAAAGGAACUGGUUUCCCUUACUAGUUCUCUUUCUUCUGCCUUAGCUGAGGUUGAAAGCAACUUUGUGCAGCGGCAUGAAGCAAGCAAAGAUCAGAGCAGUGUUAUUGUGGCUUCUGUAUCAGACAGUGAGGAAAAAAUCCAUCUGUACAGAAAAGAGCUGCAGAGAGAAAAGAAGCAAAUGACAUUGGCAUUGAACCUAAAAGUGAGUGGUGCUCUUUAUAGAGAAAUUACUUUGAAAGUGGCUGAGGUUCAGCUGAAAUCUGACCUAGCAGUCCAGAAACUGGCCCGUCUACAAUUUUAA